CGUAUCAACUGGAGAAUAGCACGUGUCGAGUCAUACCUACAGGGCUCUCUGGAGCCGUUCGAAGACAAGGCUGAAGACACGCCCCGCAACAAGGCUAUGCGUGGCGCUUACUUCACGCUACAGACAGCUCGCUAUCUGCCAUAUACCAAACAGGUGGCCCGGGCAACUGACUUUGUCAUCAAACACGGUGGACUGAGUCUAACUCAGUUGUUGCUCGAGUCAGAGAUUACCGAAGCAGCCGCCCUUAUUCGACAGUUGGCGGGGUCUAUAAAUCAGGAGAUAUCCAUGACGGAUAUGGUUGGCGGGCUCUACUACCUUGGAACUCAGCGUCGGUGGGAACGAGGCAAUGAUCCCGAGGCCGAGCAUCGAGAGCACCAGGACUGUCCACCUAUUAGCCCAGAGGUGCUUCGCCACUGUCAAGAGUUGGCCCCGCACGCACUGAAGAUUGCGUACAAAACGACUGAGGUCGACAUACAGAGACUUCUGAGCCACAUAGGGUACGAGUUGCUGUUUGCCGCGACCACCUCCUCCGAGUUCAAGCCUGCGCAUUAUGUGGCUGUCAAUCGAACGAAGAAGAAGGCUGUGCUAGCUGUCCGUGGAACAGACGGGCUUACCGAUGUGCUGACGGAUUUGUGUAUUGAAGGCAUGACGUGGCCGCUGGUACUCGAUUUAGAUUUAUCUCUAUCUGAGCAAGUGAAAUCAGCCAAACCGAAUACGGGUGCAUCGAACGCUACUAUGGUCCACAAAG